AUGUCAAACCCGCUUAAGAUUAUCGAUAUUUCGCAACCCACCAAGACUAUCAGUUCGUCGUUGCUAGAGGCAGCCCAACAGCAAGGCUUUUUAUUCGUAGACGGACAUAAUUUUACUCAGGAUGAAGUAGACGCUUUAUUCCAGGUUUCUCAAGACUUCUUUACUCAAACUCCCGACGAUGUCAAGGGACAGUACGCCAUAAAGUCCAACAACAUUGGCUAUACCCACUUUACCAACGAGCAACUCGAUCCGAGCAAAGCCCGGGACUUCAAGGAAGCCUAUAACUUUGGAAAUAUCAACUUCAAGACUGGCACUUUCAAUCAAAGCGAUCUCGACUUCAACGGUCACGGAGAUAACGACAACGUUGUUCCGCCAAUCUUGGAACAACACCGAGCGAUGAUAUCAAAUACAAUUCAGAAAUUGCAUCAGACAGCCAUGCGGAUACUGAACAUUUUAUGCGAGGGCUUAGAAGUGGAGGAUCGCGAGUUUUUUGCGAAGAAACACAGACCCGACCAACCCAGCGGCUGCGUUUUCCGUAUGCUAAGAUACCCGUUGGUGAGAGAAGACCAUUCUAGCAUUCAGGAUUACGAUGCUACAAUAAGGGCUGGUGCCCAUACGGAUUACGGGUCAUUGACCCUUCUUUUUCAACGUCGAGGACAACAGGGGCUACAGCUACAAACUGAAGGCCCAGGUAACGAACCUACUGAGGAAUGGGCGGAGGUUCCAUUCGUGGAAUCUCAGCAUGACGGCAAAGCACCUCCCUUGGUGGUAAAUUUCGGUGAUCUUCUAUCAUAUUGGACUAACGGAGUACUCAAAAGCACUUACCACCGUGUCAAAUUUACACCAGGCGAAACUCGUACAAAAGAUAGGUAUUCGAUAGUGUUCUUCGUGCACCCAGAACACGCCACUGAACUCACCCCAGUACCCAGCAGGCUAGUCGCCGAUCACGCCAGCGGAUUAACACCGCCUACUAUCACCGCGGCUGAACACUUACAGAAGAGACUUGAGGCUACCUACAGUUCUUGA